AUGGUGAAUGCGGUCAUAAUUGCAAUUGCAGUUGCAGUUGCAGAUAACGUAGAAAAUAACAGUGGCAUAAACAAAAGCUGUAGAAGUAAAUAUGAGAAUACCAAAACCAAAAAGAAGCAGUUGGUGGCGGCUAGAACCAGAAUUGAUGGAUAUGAGACGCUGGAGGCUUCACAAGCAAAUCAUCAACCAGAGAAACGGCAGCAUACUGUACAAAUCUCUGUUGAGAGAACCAUCACAGGUCACUAUAUGUAG